AGCUAACCAGCUGCAACAACAAAAACAACAACAAGGCCGGCUUCUGGUAUUAUUCGCACUCUCCCUGCGUACAUCGUACCUCACCCCACCUUUGCAACCGUGAGUUAAAAAACCGGUCAAAAAACAGAUCGUACUUGUUUUUGUCAUCCUGUCAGGUGUUGAAAAUGUUCCAGCUUGCAUCACGCUUAGCCCGUUCCACUGGCGGUAUGUCACUAUUGAAGCGCAACUGUUCUAGCAGUACGAUUCCUCAGUAUGAGACCCUAGCUGUGACCGUGCACUCUCCCUUUGUGUAUCAUGUUGAACUGAACCGACCGGACCGACUAAAUGCAAUGAAUGGAACUAUGUGGAGGGAAGUUGGAGAAGCAUUUCGAGUAUUGGCUGAUGACAAGGACUGCAGGGUUGUGGUCCUGUCUGGUGCAGGACGUGCCUUCACAGCAGGUCUUGACUUGUCAGACCCUUCAGUAUUGAUGCCAUCUGUAGAAGAUGAUGACGAUAUUGCUCGUCGGUGCCAGGCAAUGCAUAGACUGAUUCGGAGGUAUCAAGAUAGUGUGACAUCUCUUGAAAAGUGCCUCAAACCAGUUAUUUGUGCCAUGAAUGGUCCAUGUGUUGGUGCUGGGGUUGACAUCGCUUCCACUGCUGAUAUCCGUUUGUGCUCUUCUGACUCGUGGUUUCAAAUUAAGGAGGUAGCUAUUGGUCUUGCAGCUGAUGUGGGCACUCUGCAACGGCUCCCCAAAGCCAUUGGAAGUCGGAGCCUGGUCAACGAACUUGCUCUCACUGCUCGCAAAUUUCUGUCUGCUGAAGCCAAGGAAUGUGGAUUUGUGAGUGGUGUUUUCCCAGAUAAAGAAAGUUUGAUGAAGGCUGCCUUUGAAAUGGCAGCAUCGAUUGCUGCCAUGAGUCCUGUUGCUGUUCAGAUGACAAAGAGGAGUCUUGUUUUCUCACGUGACCACACUGUAGACGAGAGUUUGGAGCACAUUGCUUCAUGGAAUCAGGCUCUGCUGCAGAGCGAUGACCUUAUGAAAUCGGCCAUGGCUGCUGCUACCAAGAGCCCUCCACCAACAUUUUCUAAACUGUGAUAAUCUUUACCCAACCUUCAAUUACAUUAUGGUGUAAUCACUAUAAUUUUUACAAUUUUUAUUUUCUAAAUAAUAAAAAUUUAUUUCAACCUUAA